AUGUCAGAUUUCGGAGGAAAUUAUAACAAUUACGGUGAUGGUGGGUUCAACACAGAUAUCGGAAAUGGUGGAUUUCAAAACGAUAAUAAUGGAUCGCAGAAGCAGCAGUUGCGUUCUAGUUUAACACCAGUAACCAUCAAACAAAUUACCGAAGCUACGCAACCAAUACCAGAUGGGGAAUUUCAAGUUCAUAAUGUAAACUUGAAUUUAGUUUCAUUUGUGGGAGUUGUCAGAAACGUGCAAGAUAUAACCUCUGCCAUUCUUAUUACUAUAGAAGACGGAACAGGGUCCAUUGAAGUACGUAAGUGGAUAGAUGAUUCCAACGCCAUGGACGAGAAUGAACAUCAGAAAUACGAAAUGAACAAAUACAUUUAUGUUACAGGUGCUUUGAAGGAAUUCAACGGAAAGAAAAACUUACAACAUGCCACCAUGAGACCGAUUACUGACCAUAAUGAAAUUUUAUACCACCAUUUGAGUGCUAUUUCACAUCAUUUGAAGGCUCAAGGUUUGUCUGCCAGAGAAAAUGGUGGCCAAAACCAAUCCCAAGAUAACGGGCUUUUUGUUAAGGAUCCGCAUGGUAUGGAGGUUACCACCUCAAUCCAAGACAAGAUUUUAGGGGUUAUUCGUGAUAACACCAGUAGUAUGCAAGAAGGUGUUCCUGUUCCUUUCAUUUCUCAAAAAUUGAACGUGACAGAUGACCUUGUAUUAGAACAUUGUUCUGAAUUAAUUGAUAAUGGUAAGAUUUAUUCUGGAUAUGAUGAUAGUGCUUAUUUGGCUGUUUGA